AUGGCUCCAAUAAGAAAACAGAAUUCAACAAAUCACUCAGAUACGAAAACCGUCGUGAAUCCACAAACUAAUCAGAGAUUGGCACGAAGGAAAAAGGUCAAACUUCAGCAUGGUUUGCCGGAUGAUGCAUCUGGAAAAACUCUGACAGGAGGACUUAUCCCGCCUGAUAUUCGAGUUCCAGGAUACAAAAAUGGUGUUGAGAAACUUGGUCAGACAACAUCAACAAAACAAAUUGGUCAAAACAAUAAGAAAGAAACAUUUGUAACAACAGAAAUGCCGAUGCAGACCAGUACAAUUAGUGUCUACGGAAAUCACACGCCCGUAAAUGACCCGACAACGACUAUGGCAACUCCAAAGAAUGGAGACUUUUUUGAGUUUCUUGUUAGAAAUGCUACAUUUCUAUUACCAUUUAUUUUUCUAAUUUUUCUCAUGGCAUUGAUUGGGAGUUGUUGUGCGUGUGGUCCAUUUGCAUGGAUCAGAAGAUGGAUCAGGAGAAUUUUCUCAAGAAGACAAGUGGUGAGAAGAGAAAAAGGAAGAAUUACAAGAACAGACGAACGUCAAAGGUUAUUGAACAACGAGCAGAGUCAUUUACAUCAACAUACCUUGCAAAAUGACGUUUUAAACUCAUUACGGCGGAGCAACAAUGAAAAUGAAGAGGAACGGAAAAGAAAAUUGAGAGAGGAUUUGGAAUUCCAAGAGAAUUUGAAGGAAUAUGAAAAUAGUCUCAAGCCAACAGAGGAAGAGGUCCAGUUUCAUGAAAAGAAAGAUGAAGAAAACAAAAAACUGCAACAGGAAAUAAAAGAAAUAGAAAAGAACAGAGAGAAAAUGAAGAAGAAACAUGACAGCUCCAAUUCUAGUUUGGCUGGAAAUUUCGAGGAAGUUGACCGAGCUGAUAAUGAAUUCCGAACGAAACUAGAUGAACAAAGUCGGAUUUUUGAAGAAAAAAUGAGAAGAUUGAAAGAAAAAAGAGAAGAGAAGGAGAGGAAAAAUCAAGAAGAAAUCGAUAGACUACGCUUUGAAUCUGAACAAAAUGUUUCUGCAUUUUUGAAAUUUAUUCAAUUGCGACUCAGAUUUGAAGAGAAGGAACAAGAGUGGUCUGAGUCCCUAAAAAAACUCAGAAAACCACUUGCAUCAGUUGUUAAUUCUUAUUAUCAUUUGCAAGAAGAGAUUAAAAAUGGCGAUUCCAGUGACGAAUUCUCAGCAGCCGGAGUUCGGAGUGAGGGACAGUUGUUUGCAAAUAAAGUUUCCGCAGCACAGAACAUGCUGAAACUGGGUUUUGAUAAUCUAGAGAAGCUUACAGUGGAGUUUGAUGACAGAAUAUUUAUUCGAAUGAUUAUGAAGUCAAUCAGCCAGCAAGGAUUGAUUUGCAAUGAAGUUGGAAUCACUUUGGUUCGAGUGAUGCAAUCAGUCGAUCAAAAGGAAGAACUGAAGAAGAUGGACACUGUCGUUUCUCAACUAGACCCACAUUCAAUUCCAACAACAACCACGUUGAAAAGAACAUCUCCAUCAGCAAGAAUGGAAGACUACCUUAAUAUUGAAAGGGUGUCUACCCCCGGAUGGCUUCGAUAUUUUAAAUAA